AUGAGAAAGGAAUUUGAGGCUCUAGAAAACAAUAAGACCUGGUCACUUGUUCAGCUGCCUAAGGGGAAGAAACCUAUUGGGUGUAAAUGGGUGUAUAAGAUCAAAUAUAAGGCUGAUGGUUCUGUGGAGAGGUGUUUAGUUGCAUUUGCUGUUAAAAAGGGCUGGUCUCUAUUCCAAUUGGAUGUCAAUAAUGCUUUUCUCCAUGGUGACUUGGAUGAAGAGGUAUAUAUGAAGCUUCUCCCUGGUCUUUCUGUUGAUUAUCCUAUGUCUGAUCGAUGCACCACUUUUAGUUUGCAAACUUCAAAAGUCCUUGUAUGGGCUGAGACAGGCCUCAAGACAGUGCACACAGAUUCUACUACUGUUUUUCUUGCGGUGUAUGUGGAUGACAUAAUUUUGACUGGUAAUGAUUCUAGUGAGAUUUCAGCACUUAAGCAAUUUUUGGAUGCUCAAUUCCGAAUAAAAGAUCUGGGGCUUCUCAACUAUUUUUUGGGCAUUGAAAUCCUCUAUCACUCUUCAGGAGUUCUGCUCCAUCAAAAGAAAUUUGUUUAUGAUCUUAUUACUGAAUUUGGUUGCACUGAUGUCUCUAGUGUUGUCUCUCCUCUUGAACUAUGUGUUAAGCUACAGUCUGAUAGUGGGGAUAUAUUGCCUACACCCGAGUCCUAUAGGAGUUUGAUUGGCAAGCUCAAUUUUCUCACUCAUACACGACCUGAUCUCUGCUUUGCGGUACAACAUUUGAGUCAAUUUUUGAAGACUCCUCGUGUCCCUCACAUGUCUGCUGCUCUACAUGUUUUGCGGUAUUUGAAGGGCACCCACGACAUGGAGGUGUUUUUGACCAAUUCCCCUGAUUUUUCCUUGCAAGCUUACUGUGACAGUGACUGGGCUUCUUGCCCCGAGUCGCGUCGAUCUGUUUCUGGUUUUUGUGUCUCUUUGGGAGGUAGCUUUAUUAGCUGGAAGUCGAAAAAACAGGCUGUUGUUUCCCUCUCAUCUGCUGAGGCUGAAUAUCGGGCUAUGAGUAAAGUCGUUGCUGAACUUGUCUAG